AUGGCUGCCAACUGUGGCUGUGUGUGGUACGAGAAGAAUUCCCAGUGGCCUACGUAUCUUCCACAGGUCUCUCUUAAAGCUCACGCAACAAUUCUAUCCUCUGCGGCCCGCACAACCCUAACCCAGACAUUCAUCAAUCCAUCGGACAAGGUCAUCGAAGAGAUCAACUACCAGUUCCCUCUUUAUGAUGGUGUUAGUGUGGUCGGCUUCCAAUGCAAGGUUGGAUCCCGUAUCCUGCAUAGCAAGGUGAAGACCAAGUCCCAAGCCAACGCGGACUACAAACACGCAGUUGCUCAAAAGCAGACGGCUGCUGUCAUGGAACACACCUCUGAGAAUGAUAUCUUUCUUAUUCGCCUCGGCAAUGUACCCGCUCGCGAGAAGGUCGAUGUCGACAUCACCUUCGUGGGAGAGUUGAAGCAGGACUCUCAGACAGACGGUAUUCGCUACACUCUGCCCAACAGUAUUGCUCCUCGCUAUGCGAGUCUAAUGUCUUACGGUCCGGCUCAGCUUGCAUCACUUGGCGUGUCUGCUAAUCGUCAAGGAAUGUCCAUCACUGUUGAUGUUCAGAUGGAGAAGGGUGCAGUACUUCGAGAGCUAGAAUCCCCGAGCCACCGGAUUAAGGUCUCCCUCGGACGCACUUCUUCUACUCCAGCAAAUUCUUCUACAUUUGAUUCCUCCCAGGCGUCUGCAUCUAUGGUUCCUCUGGCGAACAGCAUCUCGGUGGUUCUGGAACAAGAUUUUGUGAUCCUCAUCAAAGCGGAUGGACUCGACACACCUUGUGCAUUGCUUGAAACACACCCGACCAUUCCCCAUCAGCGAGCCCUGAUGGCAACCAUCGUGCCAAAGUUUAGUCUCCAACCUGCGAGCCCCGAGGUGGUAUUUGUGAUUGACAGAAGUGGAAGCAUGGUAGACAAAAUUCCAACCCUGAAAUCUGCACUCAAGGUCUUUCUCAAAUCUUUGCCUGUUGGUGUCUGCUUCAACAUCUGCUCUUUUGGAAGCUACUAUUCAUUCUUGUGGCCAACGAGCAAGGUGUACGAUGCAUCUAGCCUGCAGCAAGCUCUGGGGUUUGCUGAUACCGUCGGUGCCAACAUGGGUGGCACGGAGAUGGAACAAGCCGUCGUCGGCACUGUGGGGAAUCGACUCAACCACAGAGACCUGGAGGUAUUGAUUCUCACUGAUGGAGAGAUCUAUAACCAGCAGAGUUUGUUUGACUUCGUUCGGGAAAAGGCUGCUGACAAUACGGCCCGGUUCUUUUCCUUGGGUAUCGGCAACCAGGCAUCUCAUUCCUUGGUUGAGGGAAUCGCGCGAGCCGGAAAUGGAUUCGCUCAAUCUGUUAUGGAGUAUGAGGAGCUUGACCGCAAGGUGGUUCGCAUGCUCAAGGGGGCCCUCACGCCCCAUGUCUACGACUACAAACUUGAAGUCGAAUACGAGACCCAGGCAGAUAAUGAGUUUGAAAUUUUGAGCGAAACUGAAGCUCCAGGGGAGUCCGAGCCCGAGGAUGAAGACAAGAACAAACACGGUGAUGUUGCUAUGGAACACAACGCAGGUAAACCGCUGGAGCCCAUCUCAUUGUUCGACAAGAACUUCCAGGAACCCGAUCUGAAGGUCGACACCGAAAAGCGAGCGACCGCGAAGCUCCCAACUCUGACGCCGCCAAAAGCGAUCCAGGCGCCCUACAAGAUUCCGUCGCUGUACCCGUUCAUCAGAACAAAUGUCUUCGUCCUCAUGAACCCUGCCGCGACCGGAGAUAUCCCCAAGGCCAUGAAGCUCACUGCGAAUUCCAAGCAAGGCCCUCUCCAGCUGAGAAUUCCGAUCUGUGACAUUGGGACCGGCGAAACGAUUCACCAGCUCGCCUCUCGCAAAGCCGUGAUCGAGCUCGAGGAGAACCACGGCUGGCUCUCCGAUGCCAAGGAUAAAGACGGCAACUCCUUCAAACAACUUCACAUCGAGACACAGCAGCGGCUUGCAGAGCGCGAAUGCCAAAGUCUGGGAAUCAAGUUUCAGGUCACUGGAAAAUACUGCUCGUUCGUGGCUUUGGAGGAGCGCAGCUCUCUAACCUCAGAGCAAAAGGAUAAACAACCCGCCUCCAAAGAGCAUACUGUUGAGAAGCUUUCAAUUCCACAGAAGGCUUUGAAGGGAAGCGGCGGGGCGCCUUUUGGGCGUGCUACUCAAUUCCAACAAUCCAGUUCUUCUCCCUUCGGAUCGUCAAGCAAUGCUUCAUUUGGCACAAUCAUACCACCACAAAGCCUGAACUUUGGGUGUCUUGCUCUCCAACAAUCCAGUCCUUCUCCCUUCGGACCGUCAAGCAAUGCUCCAUUUGACGCAAAUUCACCAGCACAAAGCCUGCCUUUUGGCCAUGCUGCUCAAUUCCAACAAGCCAGUCCUUCCCUCUUCGGAUCGUCAAGCAAUGCUUCAUUUGGCGCAAAUGCACCAGCACAAAGACAAAGCCUGUCUUUUGGCCAUACUGGUCAAUUCCAACAAUCCAGUCCUUCUCUCUUCGGAUCGUCAAGCAAUGCUUCAUUUGGCGCAAAUGCACCAGCACAAAGACAAAGCCUGUCUUUUGGCCAUACUGGUCAAUUCCAACAAUCCAGUCCUUCUCUCUUCGGAUCGUCAAGCAAUGCUUCAUUUGGCGCAAAUGCACCAGCACAAAGACAAAGCCUGUCUUUUGGCCAUACUGGUCAAUUCCAACAAGCCAGUCCUUCCCUCUUCGGAUCGUCAAGCAAUGCUUCAUCUGGCACGAAUCUAUCAGCACGAAGCCCGCCUUUUGUACCAAGCCCAACCGAUUCAUCAGGCCGCGGAGUGCCUUGUUUUGGAAAUUUCGCACAAUCCCAAGCCGUGGAGGAUCCUGCACCCACACCGCACAUAUAUGCAUCACCUUUCAGAGCUGAACCUGUUCAGCAGAGCCUUGGCGGAUCGCCCGCAUCAUCCCCUACUGACCCUUUCGGUCCGACUCCCCCAAAGAUGGGCGUUGACGAAGUGAUCCGGCUCCAGAACUACGACGGUAGCUGGUCCUGGUCGAACGAGUUAUUCGCGAGCAUGCAUACUAACAUGAAUGUCAAACAAAUGGAGGUUAAGAAGCUGCUUGGUAAUGCCGGUCGAGUGGCUGGCGGUACCUUCCCAUUUGGGGAUGAGGCGGUGAUUAUUGCUACUUUGCUUGCGAUGGGUUGGCUGCAGAAUAGGAACAUCUAUUCGAGAGGUCGUUGGGAAUUGGUGUUUGACAAGGCUGAUCAGUGGGUUACGCAUAAGUUGGAGGAGAUGCGGGAAAAGGGAGUAGCUGAUGUUGAUGACCUUACUUCGAUUCGGGAACAGGUUCUCGAUUUGAUGUGA